CGUUCAGCAGCCAUGGACGCGCUCAGCGGGCGCGCGCUCACACACUCCGUGGUGUCAGUCUGUCGAUAUGGACCGAGAUCAAACACUGGGAAUGUAAUGGCACUGGUCUCAGGAGGUGUUUAAUCUUCAUCGAUGGACACUCGGCGUCCCACACCAGGUGUGUCAUCAUCCCCUUCAGCUGGAGACGGGAGGAUCCUGAGACGGACGGACUAUGUCUGAGCAGCGGCUCCAUACAGGUCCCUUCAUGUGAAUCUACCAUGGACCACACGCUCUAUCAGAUGCUGGUUCUGGGUAUGGCUGUGAUGAUGGCCCGAGCGUGUCCCAAGUACUGUAUGUGCCAGAACCUGUCUGAGUCGCUCGGGACCCUGUGCCCGGCCAAAGGCCUGCUCUUUGUGCCACCUGAUAUAGACCGCAGCACCGUGGAGCUCCGUUUAGGGGGAAACUACAUCCUUCGAAUCACACAGGAGGACUUUGCCAACAUGACCGACUUGGUGGACCUUACUCUCUCCCGCAACACGAUCAGCUACAUUCAGCCCUUUUCCUUUGGGGACCUGGAAACCCUCCGUUCUCUUCACAUUGACAACAACCGUUUAGUGGAGUUGGGCCCUGAUGACCUGCAAGGGCUGGUCAGCCUGCAGCAUCUGAUCCUCAAUAACAACCAACUGGGUCGCAUCUCUGAGAGGGCGUUUGAAGACCUUGCCGCAUCCCUUGAGGAUCUGGACUUGUCCUACAACAACCUUCAGGCUCUGCCGUGGCAUUCAGUCCGGCAGAUGAUCAACCUGCACCAGCUGAGCCUGGACCAUAACUUGUUGGACUACAUUCCCGAGGGGACCUUUGUGGAUCUGGAGAGGCUGGCCCGCUUGGACCUCACCUCUAACCGGCUCCAGAAGCUUCCGCCGGACCCCAUCUUUGCCAGAGCACAGGAUUCAGAGCUGAUGACCACACCGUUCACCCCUCAGCUGUCCCUCAGCAUAGGAGGGAACCCGCUUCACUGCAACUGCGAAUUGCUUUGGUUUCGCCGUCUGGAGAGAGAUGAUGACCUGGAGACCUGUGCCUCGCCUCCCGUCUUGAAGGGCCGCUACUUCUGGAGUGUUCGGGAGGAUGAGUUUUUGUGUGAGCAGCCACUGAUUACUCAACACACCCACAGGAUGCUUGUUCUGGAGGGGCAGACGGCUAGUCUACGGUGCGAAGCCAUAGGAGAUCCCACCCCAACUAUCCAUUGGGUGACCCCUGAUGAUCGAUUACUGGGCAACUCUUCCCGCACUCUGGUGUACCGCAAUGGGACCCUGCAGAUCCCAAUAACCACUUCAAAGGACUAUGGGACCUUCACCUGCAUUGCAGCCAACCUGGCUGGUGAAUCGACCGCUUCAGUGGAGCUGUCAAUUAUUCAGCUACCCCACCUAAGCAAUGGCACAGGCCAGGCAUCACAACCCAAGUCCCGUCUGUCAGACAUUACUGACAGCUCAAGGACUAGUAAAGGCUCUCCCAAGAGCUUGCCAGAGAAUGCAGUGUCCGUGUCUGAGGUGACAGCUGUGUCUGCCUUAAUCAAGUGGUCCGUCAGCAAGACCGCUCCCAAAGUGAAAAUGUACCAGCUACAGUACAACUGCUCAGAUGAUGAGGUCCUCAUAUACAGGAUGAUUCCUCCCUCCAGUCAGGCGUUCCAGGUGUCCAGCCUGGUGUCGGGCUGUCGGUAUGACCUGUGUGUGCUGGCGGCCUGGGACGACACCACCUCCACGCUCACGGCCACCAGCGUGGUGGGCUGCGUGCGCUUCCACACCAGCGAAGGGUUCCCACGGUGCCAGGCUCUGCACGGGCAGCCUGGCGGCACCAUGAUCCUGGUGGUGGGAGGAGUGAUCGUGGCCACGCUGCUGCUGUUCAUCGGGAUCCUCGUGCUGCGCUACAAGGCAGGAGAUGGCGGGAGCGCUGAAGCUGAAGCUGAAGGUCCGGUCAGCAAGCUGAGCGACAGCACUGACUCCUACUCUCAGCCCAACGGAGGACGGCUGGGGCAGAACGGCGUUCCUCUGCUCCGGUUCAAACCUAAAGUGGCCCUGCAGGACAGAGUGGUCCAGUUCAAGUCUGGUUCUCUGCAGAGCAGCCUGUCCUCCUCCUCUUCCUCCUCAAGUUCAGGAGACGCUCCUCCCUACAGCCCCAACAGUGCCCUCGCCAGCAUCCUGAGGGCCGCUCCGCCCAGACCCCGGCAGAACCUGGACCAGCUGUUGGGGGCCUUCGCAUCUGUGGAUCUGCGGGGCCCGUCUUCGGAGCCGCUCCCAUCUGGAGGCCCUGCUCCUACUCUCCCGGCGGCGGAGCCUACGGACCGGGAGCCGCUGCUGGGCCGGACUCUGGACUCGCGGAUCAGCAGGUUACUCACAUCGCCUCUGGCCUCCAGGCCCCAGAGGAGCCACUCGUUCGACACCGGUGACUUCACUGUGUCCUGCGCACAGCAGCUGUGCACUUACCCGCGGCGGAUCAGCAACAUCUGGAGCAAACGCAGUCUGUCAGUGAACGGCAUGCUGCUGCGCUGUGAUGAGGACGGGGACGGGGACAGCAGCGGGAGCAAAGGCUCCAGCGGGAGCACAGACUGGGUCAUGGAGAGCACUGUAUAGGGCUGAUCCUACGAGCACAGACUGGGUCAUGGAGAGCACUGUAUAGGGCUGAUCCUACGAGCCCAGACUGGGUCAUGGAGAGCACUGUAUAGGGCUGAUCCUAUGCCCCAUACACUGCAGGACAUCACUAUUAUUACUGUUACUCGCCUUGCCAUAUCCAGAACAGGGGAAGAGUCAGGGGGAAUUCACCAAACAAUCUAGAACGUUAUUUGUGACCCUGGACCACAAAAUCAGUUAUUAGUCGCAUGGGUAUGUUUUUGGCAAUAGCUAAAUUAUAAAUUUUUCUUUUAUGCAAAAAAAAUCAUUAGGAUAUUAAGUGAAAAUUAUAUUCCCUGAGGGUAUUUUUUACAUUUCCAACCAAAAAAAUAUAUAAAAAAGUUAUUAUUGUGAGUGGAUGAAGCAAUAUUGAGGACUUCAUUUGGACAUCUUUAAAGGCGAUUUUCUCAAUAUUGCACCCUCAGAAUCCAGAUUUUCAAAUAGUAUUAUCUCAGCCAAAUAUUGCCCUAUCCAACCACACCAUACAUCAAUGAAAAGGUUUUGUAGUCCAGGGUCCCAUAUUUCAGUGCAAAAUAACCCUGCUAAAUCUUGCAAAUCAUGCAGUUUUCAGCUAAACACUUCUAUUUUCUCGGUAAAGUACGCUUGUUUUAGAUUGCGCCUUUAAACCUGUGCUCAUCAGGGAUGAUCACUAUAAUGAUACGGUUUUAAAGAAAGGAUCUACAUAUAAAGAUAAGCAGGGUCCACAUCAUAACGCCACCGUUCCUGUUAUUUUUGUCGCUGGAAUCACUUUCAAAACAAUUUUAUCAACUGAUGCAGUAUAAAAACAUUGCUAAUCAGCCAAUCAGAAUCCAUCCUGCUUUAACAAGCUCAAGCAUUUAAAGUGACAGACGCCAAACUGCAGCAUGUGUGUAAUGAACGGAGUGAUAUCGUGAGUUAGUGUGGACUCUGAUAUAGUUAUCAUUAUCUUUAUAGUCAUCGUUCUUAGUGUGAACUGGCCUUCAUUCAUAAAUUGGCCUGGUGAAGUUACCAUCGCACUAUUCCUGCGUCCAGAAGUUAAUUCAGAAGAGAUGACUCUUUAUCGCGGCAGUUCUUCAUCAAAUGGAGAAGAGCGUUAUAACAGAUGCUGCGGUUGAGGGCUUUCAGAGUGGAUUCAGACAGUGUUACGUUACCUGCGUCAUGCUUUCUGGGUGAAUUCCUCCUCAGCUGGUUGUGCUGAUUCACUGGUGUGUGUGUGUGUGUGUGUGAGUGUGUGCAUGUCAUCUUUAUGUCUUAUUAGGGUCUGAAACUAUGGGAUGGGUUGGAAUAUCAACUCUUGUGCUGCUGCCGUUCUCUAGGCUAGUAGAACUGAUGAACAUAGACUGAGGAAAUGGAUUUGCCAUGCCAAUGGACUCCCUGAAGAUCAGCACAAAGACUCUGUGAAUAUCUUCUUGUGCAACAGUGUAUAAAUGUGUAAUGAAUUUUAAAGUUUUAUAUUUUUUAUCUUGUUGGUCAAACGCUCCUCUUUCUUGAUGAAAGAGAACUGAAAUGCAUUCAUCUCAUCCUCACUCUCUUCCAGCUCUCGUUUACUCUUUUUUCCCUAUGAGAAAUCAUGUGUGCAAUUUCAAUGAAUCUUCAAAUAUUUGAAGCUGGUUGUUUACAUGUGAUGUUUUUCUAUAUUUAUGUAUUUACAAAGGUGAUGGAAUGACAUGAGACAUCAGUAAUGAAAAUGACUGAAAACAUAUCUGUUGUGUUAUUUUGAGUCAGGGUCUGCAGUUCACUGACCUCCAACUGUGCCAUGGGAUCACUUUAAAUAUUAAAAUAUUCAACAUGCAUGCAAUUAACACCUCCCAAAUAAGUAAUGUGUUUAAUAAAGAGAAUCCGGUCCUUCACACACUGUUGGUCAGCCUCGAGGACCACUGGCCAUCCCGUCCAACACUGCUGGAGAAAACAGAUUUGCCUUCGACAUCGAAACAUCCUUCUGGGUUCAGUGUUAUCUGUUCUGCUUCACAUGAGUAACACAUGCCCCUUUUCCACCAAAGAAAUUUGAGAGGCGGUUUGGAGCCGACUCCUGCGCACAAACCAGUUCUUUGUGUUUCGACAGCCAAAGAACCGGUUCUCGGCCUGGAAAACUGGUUCCAAAGCGGCACCAACUCUUUGCUGGACUAGAACCGUUCUUUCACCACGUCAUGCUUAUGUCGGGGGCUUGGCCGGGUUUAGAUGUGCUCUAAACAUCUUUUCUGACCAUAGCAAAGCCAGGAGAAACCUUUUCAGAAACACAAUGGAGUCCGCCUUUGUAAC